AUGUAUAUAGCCGAUGCAAUCUACCUCGUACUGAAAGGGUUUGAAAUUACAAGGGUAAGCUUGAGGAACAAUUCCCUGAAAAAAUUUCCGAAGAAGAUCAUCAGCAAAUUUCCGAACCUCACCAUCCUCAAUGUGGAAGGAAAUGAAAUCACCGAAUUCCCAGAUGAGUUCGAAGAGCUGACCUCGAUAAAGGGACUUAAUGCUGCCAAUAACAGACUAACUGCGGUGCCCGAAGGAGUGUUCAGCCUGAAGCACCUUGCCAUCCUCGAUCUCUCUGGAAAUCUUAUUGAAGAUGUUGAUGCCGAUCGCUUGUACAGCUGCUGUCCUUCCUUAGUUCAGCUGAAACUGUCGGGGAAUCCGAUUAACGAGGAAGCGAAGAAAAGACUAUCCACUUCAUCACUGAAACCCGCGAAGAUUCUGCUAAAAUUGGAUUGA